AAAGCGGCCAACAUUUCCCGUUGAGUGAACGUGUGGCGGCUUCAUACUUUCACUCAGCGUGCUGAUCUGCAAAAUGCUCUCUUCUUGAAAAGCUCCCCCUUUUUAAUCUUCCAAUUUUUAAAAUUACCCUCGCAGAGUAAAAGAGAGAAAAGACACUUGAUCAAAAGCUGUCUGUCAGUAAAGCUGAACAGGUGGAACGUCGUCGUCGGGAGUCAAGAAGUCUCACCUACGUGGGACUGAAGCUUCAGAAGGUUGCACGUCACCUGAGUGUGAUAACAUGUCUAAAAUGUCCCAGGAAAGUUAUGCUUCCUUGGACGAGUCUUCUCUCCGAGCUUUGCUGGAUGGAACCGUGGAUCUGGACGAGAGACGCCUCAUCCGUUCAGCUAUCCGCGAGUUGAGGAGGAGAGAGAUCGAAGACAUGGAGGCCGCGUUGGCCAGCAAGAGGUUUCGCCACACACGACUCAAACAGCAGGAGGACAAGGAAAACCAGCACAGGUCAGAAUCCAGCGUGGCUUUAGAUGGCCUCUCACACAGACUAAAAGCAAUCAGCGAUGUCGACGAACUCUCCAAGAUGCUCCGUGCUGCCGUCGAAUACGAGGAGAGGAAGAUGAUUCGAGCAGCCAUUCGACAAAUCAGAGACGAACAGCAACAAGGACAAGUGGAGAGGGUUAAAGGCCCUGGUCACAGCCUGGAGACAGAGAGUCUGGAGCCCCACAGCAUUAAGGGAAUUGCGCGAAGAGAGCAGGACUGUGAACAAGACCACAUCAAAUCUCAGAUCCGGGAGUUACGUGGCCAGCAGACUAACCAAAGCAGAGAGCUACAGAGACUAGGUGAGAACCACCUUUCUAGAAGAUCCAACUCAGGCAUGGUGCUCGUUCUUGACCAUCUGGUGAAAGAGGACGGCUCUGGACCGUUGCUGAUCCAGCCACAAAGAGAAGCAGUGGCCCCAGAGCCCGACCUGGUUCUGUCCCACCGUCAGAGGUCUGAUUCUGCCGCUUCAGACUGCAGUGGGGGCUCUUUAAUUUCCAGAUCCAAUAUGGAUUCUAUGACCACAGAAAAGAGCCUGAGCUCAACCUACAGAGCACGAUCAGAUUCUGGAGCCUCAGACAGAAGCCAGCGCUCCUCUCAGCGCAGUAGACAAGACUCUGGGACGUCAGAGCAUAGUCUCGAAUCCCAAUCUUGCAUCAAUCAGACAAUCGGCACAGAUGGUUGUGAUUCUUGUAUCGGGCUCCCUUCAGGUUUUGACAGCACUGAUUUGUCAACGAACCAUAAGGACUCCGAUGGCGGUAUGAGUAUGUUCUCUGAAGAGAGGUGUCCGCCAGAUGAAGAGGAGGUGGACACGAGUGUCGCUGCUCACAGUCCUGACUCAGAAAACGAGACUAGAAGCCACGAUGAAUGGAACGUGGAGGUUCCAUCCAGCGAUGACCACCUCCUCAACCAGGAUCUUCCAGAUGGAGCCGUCAUGUCUCGAAGAAACCUUGAAACCGGCUCAGUCAAUGGUACGGCCGGGGAAAGGACCGACAUCCUGAGACAGCAGACGGCAGCAUGUGAUCCAACCCUCACUCAUGGCAAGGAUGCUGCACCUGAGAAGAAAGAUGUUCUGCCAGAGCAAUCCAAACGCACCAACUCUGUACGCGAUAGGAUGCGCAAGUUCAAUGAACCCAGUCAGAACAUAAUUAUCCCAGCUUUGAAGAAGACUCCUUUGAGCAGCAGUGGCCAGACAAACUUCUCCAGAGCUGCGGAGGUGUUUACUCCCUCUGCAACAUCCCUCAUCUCCUCUGGCAACAGACCAGCAUGGGCGCGCGCAGACGCCGCAGCUCACACCUCUGCUGCAUCCAAAAGUCAGGCCACACCUCAGCUCAGAGGUGUGGCUAGCAAACCUCUGUCUUCAACUGGCCAAUCCCAGCAGUCCAUGGGUGGUACGAGGCUCCUGACUGAGAAGAGCGAGUCUGUCUUGAGGGAUUCAAAGGAAGACCAGACCCCAGGGGGAGAAGCUGGGCAGCAGUCCACCCAAGAAGAAGCAGACCCAGACAUGAAGACCUUUCUCACCAUUGAGAUCAAGGAUGGGCGCACCGCAUCUUCGUCCACAUCCUCCCAGAGGGGCAACAUCGUGCCCAUCAGCAACAUGUCCCCGCACAUCACCGCAAAUGCUCUGGGGCAGAGAACAGAGCUGACCUUUGGCCUCAGAGCCACACCAUUCAAGAGCUCCUCGUCCUCCAGCUUCUCCUCUGGAUCUUCCAUUAAGAUGGAGGCGGAGCCUGUCGCUGCCUCAGAGCCGGUGUUUUCAUCCGGGCCGUCUGUCCAAGUGCGCAUCCCCGCAAUCCUGAAUGGUUCCACCAUCCAGGCCAAUGCUGAGGAGUAUCCCGGAAAACUGACUGCUGAGCAGUUGGCUGCUAUCGAGGAUGAAGAGCUCCUCGAUAAAAUGCUUGAUGAGUCCAAAGAUUUUGAGGAAAGGAAAAUGAUCCGUGCAACCAUGAGGGACCUUCGCAAGAAAAAGAGAGAGGCCAUGCUGGGAUGUACUCAAGUGGAAAUAGACCAGAGAGAAAAAGAGCGCGAGGCUCGUCUGCAGGAGCUCCGGCAGCAGAGAGACGAGCGUUCCAACAAAAGUCGUGCCGGAGUCGGGGCAGGAGAAGUGGUGAUGAGGAAGGUGGAGAAAUCUGCAGAUGGCUCAACCCUUAGCCAAGUCACCAAGACGGACCGCUUUGCUCAUUCCGAUGAUGGAAGCCGAUCAUCUCGCAGCACGGUCGUUGAGGCUAGUUAUGUGCAGAAAACAGACAGAGGGACACUCCAGUCUAAGUCUUACAGCUAUACAUCUUCAUCCUCUAAUACAAGCAAAAAAGUUGGCAGCGUGUUUGAUCGCGAGGACGAGACGUCGUCUCGCAGCGGCGGUUUGGCCGCCGUAGAGCGAAGGCAAGCUGAGAGGCGCAAGGAGCUGACGAGGGCGCAGACUUUGCCCAAGACAUCGGCCAUGCAGGCCCGCAAAGCCAUGAUAGAGAAGCUGGAGAAGGAGGGAGGAGGCCCGGGACAACAGGUGGUCUCCAAAGUAAACAAGGUGCAGCGUUCCACCAGCUUUGGCGUACCGAACGCCAACACCAUCAAGCAGAUGCUGCUCGACUGGUGCCGUGCCAAGACCCGCUCAUAUGAGCACGUGGACAUCCAAAACUUUUCAUCCAGCUGGAGCAACGGCAUGGCGUUCUGCGCACUGGUGCACAACUUCUUCCCCGAGGCCUUCGACUACAGCUCCCUGAGUCCCAGCAACCGCAGGCAAAACUUUGAGGUGGCCUUCAGCAAUGCAGAGACAUAUGCCAACUGCAUGCCUCUCCUGGAAGUGGAGGACAUGAUGAUCAUGGGAAACAAACCUGACUCCAAAUGCGUAUUCACCUACGUGCAGUCUCUGGUCAACCACCUGCGCAGGCACGAGAUGGCCAUGGGUCGGCCUUAUGACCUUUGACCGUGUGCUUCGUAACCAAGGUUUGGCCUCGGUGUGGCGGGUCACACCUUCACUAAUGAACCAGGCAGGGCGAAUUAUGUGUGCGAGUGCGUGUUAAAUAUUUCCGUAAGCAGUGUUGUGUUGUCCUCUCCUGGAUAAAAUCACAUACAUAUUUUCCAGCAAAAUAGUGUUGAAGGAGCUAACAUUUUUACAAGCACCCAUUGCGUUGCUAUUUAAAAAAAAAAAAAAAAUCAGCCGUUUGUAUGCUAGUGACACACAGCAACUGAGAAAACAAUAUACUCUACUUUUUUUUUUAACUUAUUUAUACGUAUAUUUUCAAUUUGACAUUCAAUGACAUCAGUCCGACCAAACUAAAAAUAUUGGAAUGCAUAAUUGCUGUUUAAUGUUGGUACUUUGAAAUUUUAGACCCAACUCUGGUCACUUUAUUUAAAGUUAUUGUUCUCUUUCUGGUGUCAUUCAACAUAUUGCUAUUUAAUACAUUCGCACUGGGUUGUUUAUUUGUGGUAAUCUAUAUAUCCGUAUUUAUAGCAAUGUUAAGCUCAGUUGUCUGGUCUGCAGUGCUACUGAAAACAAACAUCACGUUUAAACAAAACCUGUGUACUGUCACAGCAAAUGAUCUUCCCGCCACAAUCAUCACACUUAUUUUUAUUCUUAAUUUUGGACUUUAUUAAGGGAAAAGGGCCAUCUCUAAUGGUAGAUUUAAAAAAAAAAAAAAAAGUUUUUAGUUGAUGUUGUGGGCCUGAUGAGCUGCAGCUCUCAGUUAAAACAAAAUUAACUAAACUUAAGUGCAUGUGUAUAUUUACCACAACAAUUUUUUUAAAGUUUUUAUUUUAUCCUGCCUACAAUUUGCAGUGUUUUACAUUCUUGGUUGGAUGAAACAAAAUGUAUUCACUUUAUUCUGUAGAUCAAAAAGAAAUGCUAUCCCAGUGCUGCCAACUAAGACAAACUUUCCGCAAGGCAGGGAGUGCUGUAAAUAAAUAGUUUGUGCACCGCACCUCAAUGUGAAUUCAUUAAAGAUGUCAAGUCCA